AGAGAGCAGAAAGCCAGGAGUCCUCAGACCAGCUCUGCCUGCUACAGGGAAGAUGAAGUUCUUCCUGGCUGCCCUCCCCUUCCUCAUUCUUGCUACUGCCCUUGGAUCCCGGGUCCAGGUCCUUCAUGAACCCAUGGUGGCGAAACUUCAGCAUGAACCCUUAAUACACAGGGAAGGUAAAGCAGGCUUUCUCCGUCCCUCUGACUGCUGCCCAGACUACAAACGAAAAAUUCGAUGUGCAAACAUGAAAGAUUUUUUUGAAACAAGCAGUGGGUGCUCCCGGCCAGGUGUCAUCUUCCUCACCAAGAAGGAGAGGCUUGUCUGUGCUGACCCCCUUGAUUUGGAAGUUCAGAAUUGCAUGAGGUCCCUGAGGAAGAACCUAAUAAUGCAGAUGUUGCUUGAGAAGAAGGAAUACUAGGGGCCACUCACCCCACCUCCAACUGGUUUGUCCCAACUCCCUCCUGGGAUUUUCUUGGCCUGAAUUAUUUUUCAAAAAGCAACAACUACUGUUCUUUCUGUUCUGGUUAUAAAAGCAAUGCAUUAAUAAAGAGUAUCCGAUAUAACUUUCCUUGAAUUUCAAGAGGAAAAAGAAACUAUAGGAACUGCUGAAAUUUGGAUUCUGUGGGUUUUUUUCCAAAUGAUGUGCCAUAAUAGAAUUUUUUAAAAGCUAAAAACAUUCAAACUCAUUCAAACAUAGAUUGAAUAUGUGUCAAAAUGUACUUAACCCAUUCAAUGAGGGAAAACUGAGUCAAAGAUCAUCUGAGGAACAGAGAUUUAUACAGUUAGUUGGGGAUGGCAUUCUGAAAUGUUAAGUCAGAGAAAAACAGAUUAAUAUCCUAUAGGAAAAUAAAAUUGUAACA